AUGUCGCUAGGGUCAUCUCGUCGAAAAGGGGAUCUCGUGGACGUGCCAUAUAAGCAGCUUCCGCUUUCUCUAUUCGAGUAUCUCCAGAACGAGGGCUGUCGUUCCUCAGUUCCCAGUCAGACGCCUCAACUCGUGUAUCUGUAUCGAAGGAACGCCGUCAGCCGUCGUAUCGACAUGAAUCUCGUGUCACUACGUCCGGGCGUCUCGAACCCACAAUAA